AUGCUUAGGCAGGAAAAAAGUGAUUCAUGUCGUGGCUGCAAGCUGCUUACUAAAAAGCAAGAUCAUGGAAAUACCACCAAAACUUUUUAUGGAAAAAUUGCACAGUUUUGGGAUGACUACCAGUAUAUACUGAGUAUUGCUAUUCCUGUAUGUGUGGGCACUCUUUUGGCUGUAGUUGUACUUACUUGUUGUAUGUGCUGUAGAAACUGCAGAAAGAAGAACAGAAGAGGAAAAAAGAAACCCAAUAACAGCAAGAAGUUUCAUGAGUUGAAGAACAUGGACAGGGUGAUGCUGCUGGCAGAUAGUUCUGAUGAUGAAAUCUAAGCAAUAAGAUGCCACUACCAACCUAAUAUCAGAUCUUUGUCAAAUUGGAAAAGAUCUCGGGAGAUCAGAACCAUUUAGGAGUUUCAGAGACAUUUUGAUGUUUCAAUAACAACUACUUUGUCAUAAUGAUCAGUGUUUUGGUUCAUCGAGGUUUUCUUAGUUUUAAAGGCAUUUUAAAGUUCAUAAUAAUGAUAACUUGGUCAAAUUGAUAAGUGUCUUGGAUGACUGAAGUUUAUGGAUUGAUGACUUUUUGUUUAUGAUUGUGACAUCAACAUCUGCUCAAACUUAAAAGAUCUGAAUUUUGAUGACUGAUAAUGCAUAAGUCUUCCAUUUUAAACACAUACUCAAAUACAUUGGCUCUCUGAAAAGAAGUUGCAAUCUACUUUGGUUCUUAUAUGAAAGACAUUACCUUCAGCUUUGUGGUUUUUUCUUGAAAGAUGCUAUAUUUAACUUCAUUGGUUCUUGAAAGAUGUUAUCUUAGAUCUCAUUGGCUCUUAUUUGAUAGAAUUUUUUCUCAUUUCUUUUUUUGAUAGAUGCUUAGUGGUUUAUCACAUGAUGUGAUAAGCACCUGUGCAUUAUGUUAAAAUGAUUUGACUUACAAUGUUUU